GGGCUCGCGCUUCAUUCUGAGCCGAGCCCGGUGCCUAGCGCAACUCUCUCUGCAGGCGGCGGCCUGAACUCCAGGGCAACCCGGUUUGUUUCUUCCUCGCCCCGCGAUCAGCAUGAAAGCUUUCAGUCCGGUGAGGUCCGUUAGGAAAAACAGCCUGUCGGACCACAGCUUGGGCAUCUCCCGGAGCAAAACCCCGGUGGACGACCCGAUGAGCCUGCUGUACAACAUGAACGACUGCUACUCCAAGCUGAAGGAGCUGGUGCCCAGCAUACCCCAGAACAAGAAGGUGAGCAAGAUGGAAAUACUGCAGCACGUCAUCGAUUACAUCCUGGACCUGCAGAUUGCCCUCGACUCCCACCCCACGAUCGUCACCUUGCACCACCCGAGACCUGGGCAGAACCAGGCGUCUAGGACGCCGCUGACCACGCUCAACACGGACAUCAGCAUCCUGUCCUUGCAGGCAUCCGAAUUCCCUUCUGACUUAACAUCAAACGACAGCAAAGCACUCUGUGGCUGAAUAAAGGGUGUUCAUGACUUUUUUUUCCUUUCUUUUUCUUUCAUAGUCUCUCUCUCUCUUUCUUUUUGCACAACAACAAAAACAACAAGUCCGCAGGAACUUAUAAGACGCCGAACUUUUCAACCAUUUCCAAGAGGACAACAAGUUUGAAUGGACAUUUUUCAAAAGCAAAAUAAGAAGGACAGCUAAGAAUAAUCAUCUUUCCAGGAUGUUGUCUGACCUGGACUGUGAUAUUCGCUAUUUAUGAAAAAGACUUUUAAAUGCCCUUUCUGCAGCUGGAAGGUCUUCUUUAUAUACUAUUCCCACCAUGGGGAGUUAAAAUCACAAGGAAUUGCCCAAUCUAAGUAGACUUUGCCUUUUUUCAAAGGUGGAGCGUGAUUACCAGAAGGAUUCAGUAUUCAGUUACUUAAAUGAAGUCUUUGGUCAGAAAUUACCUUUUUGACGCAAGCCUACUGAAUGCUGUGUAUAUAUUUAUAUAUAAAUAUAUAUAUAUAUAUUGAGUGGAACUUUGUGAACUCUUUAAUUAGAGUUUUCUUGUAUAGUGGCAGAGAUGUGUAUUUCUGCAUCAAAUGUGUAAUGCUGUACUUAUUCAUGCUAAACUUUUUAUAAAAGUUUAGUUGUAAACUUAACCUUUUAUACAAAAUAAAUCAAGUGUGUUUAUUGACCGGGGAUUGCCUGCUUUAUUUCAGAGUACCAGUGCUUUGAUUUUUAUUAUGCUAUGUUAUAACAGAACCCAAAUAAAUAUGAGUUCAAAUUUAUGUAGACUGUAUUAAGAUUAUAAUAAAAUGUGUCUGCAGUAA